AUACAUGUAUAUGGUGUUCGUGUUUCCGUGGACGGUGGUACAAUUUCGCGGAUUCUCACGGGAAAUCGGUGAGUGGUGAAAAGUUCUCCGCUUGUUAUUAGCGGCUAAGCGUGGGUUGAGGGGCCGGGCGAUGCGCGGACAUCGCUCGGUCGCGAAAUAAGGGCAAUUUCGCAUCGUCUGCUUGGAGUGCACCGCGCAGGCUCGCUCAAAAUGGCCGCCUGGCCUGCCGCGUUUGUUUGUGGUGGAGAUGGAGGGCUGCGGUAGCCGAUCGAUACGGCGACGGUCGCCCGCACGAAAACUGGCGAUGGUGUCUAUGGCGGCUGUUGUGCGUGUUGCGGCGCGGCGCGACCUGCACGCGAUUUACGCCCGGUGAGAUCGAACGCGGUCGCGUGGCUAACGGGCUCACGGUGGCAGUGGUGUGCGGGUGAGAGCGGGUGCUUUGACACGGGCGGCGAGAUGACCGCGACCGCGAGACGCGAGCGCGAACGUAGGGCGUGGUGAGAGAGCGUAGCCGACGGCGCGGCGGCCUCCCCGCAGACGCGAAACCCUGAGCCCUCCCUGAUCGGGUGACCACUCAGAGGGACACACAAGGUGAAGGUGAUGUAGAAAAGAAACUAAAACUAUCAAAGGCCAACACCUGCUUUGGAACACUCCAAUACGACAGAGGAUAAGACGGGCGACGCUGAUAAGAAGAUGGUAUCUCUGCCCAACGCAGAGUCUGGCACGAUGGACAGAAUUUCAGAUGACGACGACGAUGAGCCAAGUAGCGGAUCUGAGACCUAUGAGGAAGGCGACCUACUCACAGCUGCCAUGGACGAUGAUGUUACGGCCCAGCUAGCAGCUGCAGGUUGGCAAAUCAAACACGCUAAUGGCCCUGUUGGCGUAGCCGCAGCCGCCGCCAUUGUGUCUGCGAAAAAGAGGAAACGACCUCAUAGUUUUGAAACGAAUCCCAGCAUCAGGAAGAGACAACAAAACAGACUUCUGAGGAAACUCAGACAAACGAUAGAUGAAUUCGCAACGCGAGUUGGACAGCAGGCGGUGGUGCUAGUAGCCACGCCUGGAAAGCCAAACAGUAGUUAUAAAGUAUUCGGAGCGAAACCGUUAGAAGAUGUAGUAAAGAAUUUAAGGAAUGUUAUUAUGGAAGAACUUGAAAGCGCGCUCGCGCAACAAGCUCCACCUCCAGUACAAGACGAUCCAUCCUUAUACGAAUUACCACCUCUCAUAAUAGAUGGGAUACCCACACCUGUGGAGAAAAUGACACAAGCUCAGCUCAGGGCGUUCAUUCCCUUGAUGCUGAAGUAUUCUACCGGUAGGGGUAAACCCGGCUGGGGCAGGGAUAGCACACGGCCACCCUGGUGGCCGAAAGAAUUACCAUGGGCAAACGUUCGCAUGGACGCAAGAUCCGAGGACGAGAAGCAAAAGAUUUCUUGGACGCACGCUUUAAGGCAAAUUGUAAUAAAUUGUUAUAAAUUUCACGGAAGAGAAGAUCUUCUACCCGCGUUCAGCGAAGAGGACGACAAGUCGAACGUGCUGAUACAACAGUCGACACCUCAUUCCUCCUCACAUCCGUCACAUUCGUCCACCCAGGGUCAAGGUGGCCAAUCGCAACAACAACAGACGGUGGGAGUUGUUCGCCUGAGCAGCACGGAUUCAUCUAAGGGAAACUCUUCGCCAGCACAAAUCAUUGCCGCGUCUCCUACAGCUCUUGCCACUGCCACCCAGAUGACAGCCCAAUAUCCAACGGCAGUUUUGCAAACGAUAACGAACCCUGAUGGCACUGUCUCCAUCAUCCAAGUGGAUCCAAAUAAUCCAAUAAUCACGUUACCGGAUGGCACAACAGCACAAGUGCAAGGCGUUGCUACCAUUCACACGAGUCAAGGGGAAGUUCAAGCACUCGCCGAAGUGGCUGGUAGCGCGGAGGGUACUAGCGUCGCUGUCGACCUGAACAGUGUUACAGAAGCGACAUUAGGCCAAGACGGUCAGAUCAUUCUCACAGGAGAAGACGGACACGGCUAUCCUGUCUCGGUGUCGGGCGUAAUUACGGUACCGGUAUCCGCUAGUAUGUAUCAGACAAUGGUCGCCAAUAUACAGAGCGACGGCACGAUGCAGGUAGUCACACCGAUGGUCCAAGUACCGAAGGUCGAGCCGGGGAACGGGGAGACCAGCAUCGAGGCCGUCACAAUACAGGGUCAUCCGAUGACGAUGAUUAACGCGGCCGGCGAGCAUCAAGUUUUACAAGUGAUAUCGUUGAAGGAUGCCAACGUCCUCACCAAAGCCAUGCAGGCCGAAGUAGUGAAGGACGAGGAUAGCCAGCAACAACAAACCGUCUCUAGUCCAGAAUAAAGCGUUUUUAACAUAGUUAAUGAGAAAAAAAGCGAGAACAGAAAACAACCGGAAGAAAGGAGGAGCGAGAGAGAGAGAGAGAGUACAUUUAGUGGUGUUUAAAACAGAAAAACAGAAAAACAAUAGAGAGCGAGCGAAAGAGAGAAGAGAAAGAGUGAGAGUAUUAGAUACGUGUUGUUAAUAUUAAGGCAAAAAAUGAUUGUGUCUUUUUUGAGUCAUUGUGUAGUGUGUCCUGGCUGUUGUGAACAGCGAACGGAUUAGCGAGUCUGUCUGGGGAAAAAACAGAAAGAAGCGAGGAUGACUGAAUUACGUUUCGACUUAUACGGGUCGGGACUCCCCCCAUGGAUGUAAUCAUAUUUGUAUUCAAGAUUCAUUGUAGACACUUAGAAAAGUAUUCACUUGUAAUUCGAAUUUCUCGAAGAUAGUACUAAUUUUAUUAGGGGCUGCUAAUCAUGGCUCGACGCGCGACGAAUCGACGAGGCGUCUCGUUUGUAUAGCCGCCGCGGACCGGAAUUUAAAACUAUACGAAUUCAAGUCCAGCGACCGGACGCGGGGAAACACACACACACACACGUUCGUCUAGUCCUUUAGUGUCGUGUCCAGAGAGAGAUAGCGAUCGAUAUACCAAAGAAAUUUCAGAUUUUUCUGUUAAAUUAUUUUACCAGAGAUAAACCGACAACGCGCGAACAAUGUAAACAGGGUGUCCCGGCUAAAUGGAAUCGCCGAGAUGUCUAUUCUAUUCGAGAUAGAUAGAUAGAUGAAGCGUAGAUGUUCGAGAUGAUCCCAGUUAGCUGAAACACUCUGCUUACGUUAUAUAUGUAUAUAACAAUAUACGGUGUACUUUUUUUGUUAACCGAA